CGCGCGCGGGUGCGGGGCCGCCCUCCCUUUCCGGCCUCGCAGGCUGCCUGGCUGGAGCACGGAGCGAGCCGCCGUCGCCGCCCUGUGAGGAGAGGUCGCCGCCAUCAUGCCGGUGUACUUCCAGCGGCCCGAGAAUGCCCUGAAGCGGGCGAACGAAUUCCUUGAGGUCGGCAAAAAGCAGCCUGCCCUUGAUGUUCUCUAUGAUGUUAUGAAAAGUAAAAAACACCGAACAUGGCAGAAAAUCCACGAGCCGAUUAUGCUGAAGUACCUGGAACUCUGUGUGGAUCUUCGCAAGAGUCAUCUGGCAAAAGAAGGACUGUACCAGUACAAGAAUAUUUGCCAGCAGGUGAACAUCAAAUCUUUGGAAGAUGUUGUUCGAGCCUAUUUAAAAUUAGCUGAAGAAAAAACAGAAGCAGCCAAGGAAGAAUCCCAGCAGAUGGUACUGGACAUAGAAGACUUAGAUAAUAUUCAAACUCCAGAAAGUGUGCUUUUGAGUGCUGUGAGUGGAGAAGACACUCAGGAUCGUACUGACCGACUGCUUUUGACACCCUGGGUUAAAUUUCUAUGGGAAUCAUAUAGACAAUGUUUGGAUCUUCUCCGAAAUAAUUCUCGAGUGGAACGCCUAUACCAUGAUAUUGCACAGCAAGCUUUUAAGUUCUGCCUGCAGUACACGCGUAAAGCUGAGUUCCGUAAGCUCUGUGAUAAUCUGCGAAUGCAUUUGGGGCAGAUCCAGCGUCAUCACAACCAAAGCACAGCAAUCAACCUCAACAAUCCUGACAGUCAGUCCAUGCACCUGGAGACCAGGCUUGUGCAGCUUGACAGUGCUAUUAGCAUGGAGCUGUGGCAGGAAGCUUUUAAAGCAGUGGAGGAUAUUCAUGGGCUAUUUGCAUUGUCUAAGAAACCACCCAAGCCACAGCUGAUGGCAAAUUACUAUCACAAAGUUUCAACUGUCUUCUGGAAAUCAGGAAAUGCUCUUUUUCAUGCAUCUACACUUCACCGACUUUAUCAUUUAUCAAGAGAAAUGCGAAAGAAUCUUACACAAGAGGAGAUGCAGAGGAUGUCUACUCGAGUCCUUUUGGCUACUCUGUCAAUUCCUAUAACUCCUGAGAGAACUGAUAUUGCUCGCCUUCUGGAUAUGGAUGGCAUCAUUGUUGAGAAACAGCGACGGCUGGCAACCCUGUUGGGUCUUCAGGCCCCACCUACACGUGGCAGUCUCAUUAAUGAUAUGGUAAGGUUCAACGUAGUGCAAUAUGUUGUUCCAGAAGUGAAAGAACUUUACAACUGGCUUGAAGUAGACUUCCACCCCCUCAAGUUAUGUGGCCGUGUCAGCAAGGUUCUGAACUGGGUGAAAGACCAAGCUGAAAAGGAACCUGAACUGCAGCUGUAUAUUCCUCACCUGCAAAACAAUACCAUUCUUCGUCUUCUGCAGCAGGUGGCCCAGAUUUAUCAAAGCAUUGAAUUUUCUCGUCUGGUUAGCCUUGUUCCUUUUGUUGAUGCUUUCCAGCUGGAACGUAAUAUCGUUGAUGCAGCCAGACAUUGUGAUUUACAAGUUCGUCUUGAUCAUACUACCCGGACACUGAGUUUUGGCUCAGAUUUGAAUUACAGUACUAGAGAAGAUGCUCCGCUAGGCCCUCAACUACAAAGCAUGCCCUCCGAGCAAAUUAGAAAUCAGUUGACUGCUAUGUCCUCAGCUCUGGCUAAGGCUCUUGCAGUCAUUAAGCCUCCUCACCUACUGCAAGAAAAGGAAGAACAACAUCAGCUGGCAGUCACUGCCUUCCUUAAAAAUUCAAGGAAGGAGCACCAGCGUAUUCUUGCACGUCGCCAAACUAUAGAGGAAAGAAAAGAACGUCUUGAAAGCUUAAACAUUCAGCGUGAAAAAGAAGAGCUAGAACAACGUGAAGCAGAAUUACAAAAAGUCCGGAAAGCGGAAGAAGAGAGAUUGCGCCAGGAGGCAAAGGAAAGAGAGAAGGAGCGUAUCCUGCAAGAGCAUGAACAAAUCAAAAAGAAGACCGUUCGUGAGCGCUUGGAGCAGAUUAAGAAGACUGAACUGGGAGCCAAAGCAUUUAAAGAUAUUGAUAUUGAGGAUCUUGAAGAAUUGGAUCCUGACUUCAUUAUGGCUAAACAAGUUGAACAGCUUGAAAAAGAAAAGAAAGAACUUCAGGAACGUCUGAAGAAUCAGGAGAAAAAGAUUGACUAUUUCGAAAGAGCGAAGCGCUUAGAAGAAAUUCCUCUAAUAAAGACUGCAUACGAGGAGCAAAGAGUGCAUGAUAUGGAGCUGUGGGAGCAACAGGAAGAAGAAAGGAUCACCACUUUGCAGUUGGAGCGCGAGAAGGCCCUUGAGCAUAAGAACAGACUCUCAAGGAUGUUGGAGGAUAGAGAUUUAUUUGAAGCCAGGCUCAAAGCAUCACGACGAACAGUUUAUGAGGAUAAACUCAAGCAGUUCCAGGAGCGGUUAGCAGAAGAGAGGCGUAAUCGUUUGGAGGAACGCAAGAAACAACGCAAAGAAGAGCGACGCAUUACUUAUUACAGAGAAAAGGAAGAGGAAGAACAGAGAUUACGAGAAGAACAGCUGCUUAAAGAGCGUGAGGAAAAGGAGCGCAUUGAGCGUGAGAAACGUGAGCAGGAACAGCGUGAAUACCAGGAGCGUGUCAAAAAACUAGAAGAACUGGAGAAGAAAAAACGUCAAAGAGAAAUGGAGAUAGAAGAAAGAGAGCGUCGUCGAGAAGAAGAAAGGAGAGGUCUGGAUGACCCAUUUUCAAGAAAGGAAUCUCGUUGGGGUGAUAGGGAGUCUGAAAGCUCCUGGAGAAGAGGUGGUGAGACAGAAUCUGAAUGGCGACGAGCACCAGUGGAAAGAGAUUGGCGUCGAGGAGAAGCAAGAGAUGAUGAAAGACCUUUCCGACGAGGAGAUGAUUUGCCCCGGCGAGGAGAUGAUUUACCCCGGCGAGGGGAUGAUCUGCCCCGACGAGGGGACGAUCUGCCACGACGUGGUGCUGCAGAAGAAAAGGAACGUCCUUCUGUGGAAUCAACAGAGGACAGGCCACCUAGGCGUGAAGGAGAUGAGGACAGGCCGCCUAGGCGUGAAGGGGACGAGGACAGGCCGCCCAGACGUGGAUUGGAUGAUGACCGGCCGCCCAGGCGUGGUUUGGAUGAUGACAGAGGGAGCUGGCGGGCUGCAGAUGAUGACAGGGGUCCCAGGCGUGGAAUGGAUGACGACAGGCCACCCAGACGUGCGUUGGAUGACGACAGGCCACCCAGACGUGUGUUGGAUGAUGACAGGCCACCCAGGCGCGGCUUGGACGAUGACAGAGGCAGUUGGCGUGCAGCAGAUGACGACAGGGGUCCCAGGCGUGGAAUGGACGACGACAGGCCACCCAGACGUGCGUUGGACGACGACAGGCCACCCAGACGUGCGUUGGACGACGACAGGCCGCCCAGACGUGCAUUGGACGACGACAGGCCGCCCAGACGGGCUUUGGAUGAUGACAGGCCACCCAGGCGUGGGUUGGAUGAUGACCGGGGCAGCUGGCGUGCCGCAGAUGACGACAGAGGUCCCAGGCGUGGGAUGGAUGACGACAGAGGUCCCAGGCGCGGGAUGGAUGAUGACAGGAUGUCAAGGCGUGAUGAUGACAGGGGACCAUGGCGUAGUGCAGAUGACGACAGGCUCUCCAGACGAGAUGAUGACAGGGGUCCGUGGCGUAGCAGUGACGAUUCAAGGCCAGGUCCUUGGAGACCAUUUGGUAAACCAGGGGGAUGGAGAGAAAGAGAAAAGGCUCGUGAAGACAGCUGGGGGCCUCCCCGAGACUCCAGGCCUCCAGCAGACCGCGAAUGGGAUAGAGACAAAGAUCGUGAUGAAAAUGAGAAAGACCGUGAAUUUGACAGAGACAGAGAUUUUGAUCGAGAUGAUCGUUUCAGGCGUCCCAGGGAUGACGCUGGUUGGAGAAGAGGGCCAGCUGAGGAGACUUCUAGCUGGAGAGAUUCAAGUCGUCGUGAAGAAUGGGACAGAGGUGGUCGCGACAUGAGAGAUCGGCGUGCUGAUGACAGAGAUCCACCCCCCAGAAGAGGACCACCACUCAGAUCUGACCGGGAAGAACCAAGCUCAUGGCGGCGUGCCGAUGAUAGGAGAGAAGAACGCGGAGAAGAACGUGAAACAGUUCGGCGAUCGGCUCCUGCUCCUGCUGCUUCUCCAGCUUCUGCUCCCCCACCAGCAUCAAAAGAUCGAGAGAGAGAUGGGGAGAAGGAGAAGGGUUCCUGGAAAACAGAAAAGGAGCGUGAGCCCAUUCGCCGUACAAAAAAUGAGACAGAUGAAGAAGGGUGGACCACUGUACGACGUUAAGUGAAAAUCACAGAGUUUAACCAAUGUUUUAGCUUUGAUUUGAUUGAAACCACGGAUUAUAUUUGUGCUUAUAAACAUUCUGAAUUGGAAUUCUUUAACAAAUGUUUUGAGGUAACAUGAAAGCAUGAGCUUGAAUUACUUACUCAUAUAGAUUGAUCAUGCACAAAACUCACAGCAGAAGGUUGGAAAUUGAAUGCCAGUUUUUGAAAUUUCAAAUGAUGCUUAUUUCAUGGGUCAUUUGUUGCUAAAAUAAAAAGAAGCGAGCCCAACAGCUGUCUUGAGUAAUGCUUCUAUCUCGCACCAAAACAGGCUGACCUUUUAUUUUUAGUCUUUCUUAAUUUGGAAUGGGGUAUUAUUGUUACAGAACGUGCAUUUGAAAACACUUCUGUUCACAGAGUGGAAUUAUUGAAAAAGCAGAGCUACAUCAAUUUCCAUAAUUAGCCAAAAAAAAUAGAAAAAUAUAAAAGCCCUCUUUUACAUAGGUAUCUUUGAGGGCAGGCGGUUUCUGAGACACGUAUUUUAUCACUAUCUAAAUUCAGUAAGUUGUUUAAAUUUGAAUUAAAUACAAUAAACAUUAUGAGCACUAGCUACACUGGGAUAUUUUCUGUAGAUUUACUUGAAUACGUAACGCCUAGGAGGCCAUUUUGCAGUCAUUGUUCCAGUAAUGUAUCCUGCUGCGGUGUACCACCACAAAACUUCAAGCUUUUACAACUUAAGUGUUUUGGUAAGCAUAUGGCUAUGUAUUUUCUGUUGCCAAUAUCACAACCGCUUUUUCCAUUACUGGAUAAUUCAUGCCUUUCAAGGAUUUAUAAAUAUUGUCAUAUUUAAAAUGUGUGGUUUUGGAGAAAUUGUUGAAUCUUCCCCCAAUUCUUUGUCUUCAGGGUCAAUUCUUUCCCUUUCCAAAAAAAGUGAUUUGUAGUAAUGGCUGUGUUGGCUUCAAUUUUGGGGUGCGGUAACAACGCUUAACUAUCUGGUCAUACUGAAGCCAACGCAGAACUUGCUGCUGUGUGUUUCUUCAAUGAUAAAUAAACAACUUAAGGAAUUAGC